AUGUCUGAACCGAGCAGUUCACGUGACGAAAAUGAGGAUAAGCCCCGAAAAUGUAGCUUCAAGUUAAUAACAAGAAAGAAAAAAAUAACAAAAAAAAGCUCUCGAAUUAGUAUUGGAGAAUGUAAUGAAGCAAUGGCUAAAACUUGGGAAAAAGAGUCAUUUAAAGACAGAAAAAAUAGAGGUUCCAAACGAGAACGAUGGUUAUUAACACGAAAAACGUGGAGAUAUAUGGCAGAUGCUGGUAGAAAAUUGAUACCGGAAAAUGUUGGAAAUCGACCCGAAGAUGUACCCAAAAUCGAAGCAUACUUUCAAGACGUGUGCCAAAAGGAACCUAGAUUUUUACUAUGGAGGAAACAAUCAUACCCCGGAGCUUUAGGGUUCAGAAGUCGAGGUAGACCAAGGGGAAACAGAUUUAAAUUAGGUAGUGUCCGAGAAAAUGCUAGUAGUGCGGACGAAGCGGAAAGUACAGUUAAGGUACCUAGUGUAUCAUUUUUGGCGCAUCCUAGACCAGCAGGAAGAUAUGAACUUCAACAACUCAGAAAAGAAUUUUUAUUCGGUUCAACUGAAAAUAAUAAUGCACUGUUAUCAAAUUAUCAAUAUCCUGAUUCCAAAUCAGACUUAGUUCAAUUUAUUAACGAUUAUAUUAGUAAUCCUGAAGAAACAACGCCAGUUGAAGAGUCUUCUUUUGAUCAUGAACAACUUUUGGAAAAACUAGAAGAUUAUAUAUCAAAAACAAAUGAUACACGUACAUUAGAAAAUAAUAAGAAACCUUUAAGAACAAGCAUAUUGGAAAGUGACAACACACAAAAAAAUUUAUUGGAAACUUUAAGAAGGUACUACGCAAGGUCGACAAACAGAGAAAAAGUAAUAGGAGAUAUUUUAAUGGAUAGAAAACUGUUGGAAAACUUGUACUUUGAAUUAAGGAAAACAAGAGGGUUUUUGGGCCGGAGAGUAAUUGGUUCAUCGUCAAAUUUAGGACUUAAUUCUAUGAAUUAUUUUAAUUCUGCUUGGAAUGAUAAUCAAAGAAAAUACGAUAGAAUAAAUACAUCGUCUGAGUAUCUCAAUAUAUUCAAUGAUAAAAAAAAUAAAUUGUUUUUACCAAAUGAUAAAUCGUACAACCUAUCAUCUCCACCACCUGUUAUAGAAAUUGAAGAUAUGGAAGCAAAGUACAUCGAUGUUGGUAUUCAAACUGUGCCAUUGGAACCAGCAAUGUUAGGACUAAUCGAAGAUGAGAGUAAAAGAAAACUCGAUUUAAUUGAAAUACCCGAUGUUGUAUCGAAAGUUUCUCCGAAAGCUACACAACGCAAAGCUAGCAUAGAAAACGACGAUAUAUCACCAUCUGUAAGUGACACAAUAAAAAGAUACUUGAGAAUGGCAAGAAAAAAAAGUGUUGAAUCUGAUAAAAUAGAUAGGUUUAAACGAGUGAACUAUGAUCGUAAUAUAAGAAAUAUUAAAGGUAAAGGAGAACCAGAUAUAUGCGAAGGUGAUGAUACUAAUAAAUCAGUACAAACAGACGAUUCGUGGAUUUCAAUUUUAAAAAAUAUUGAUGACAAUUCUAAUUCAAGAAUAACCAGUUCUAGGAGUAGUAUUGAUACUGGCACGACCUUUAGUGGAGAAGAACUGUUAUCACCUCCUUUAUCCCCACCGAAGUCUCUUAACGCCCCCGGAAUGCAGAAGUCAAGAUCUUCAACAAAUGUUCAGCAAGGGUUCAUGUCCAAACGUAUAUGGAAAGGGCGUUCAAAAAGUCAAACUAGAGCAAAUACUGUUGUAUCUCCUUGGACGCCAUUAGGGAAUUGUUUAUGGCUACACGCUAGUGGGAAAUCGAUCCUGUUAAAGGAUUUAUGUCUACUGGACCUAACCGAUCUUGAAAAAGAAAUACUAUCGCUUGUGUCCCUAAAUAAACUUCAGGAAAUAAGUCUUGGAGUUCCAGUACGAAUACCAACAGGAAAUGUUUUAUCAGCUGGUCCUAAAAAACGAAGACCAUAUCUUUUGAAAAGAAGAGCAAAUACCACCGGCAACUUGAAAGAUAAGGAUGAUAACGAAAGUCUUUAUCCACACACAAUAUUUGGAGUAUCGUUAAACGAUUGCUUAGAACAAGAGCGGUCAUCAAGAUCUCACUUAAAGGUUCCAACCGAGGCUCAGUAUGUGCCGAAAUCCCCUCGUGGGAGAAGCAGUUUUUCAAGUUACAUUGAAGUUCCCAAAGAUUCUAGUGAGCGAUCACAUUCCUGUGACUCUACAUCAAGCACACCUGUCAGUGAGUUGAUUAAGACUUUCACAAGUUCUAGUUCAGAUAUUUUAUCUGAUGAUAAUGAUAGUGACAUUAAAUCAAACAAAAAUGGAGUUCCUAGUUUUGUCACUUCAUGCUUAAACUACUUAGAAACAUAUGGGCUUCACAAAGUUGGAGUGUUCCGGAUAAGUAGUUCGAAAAAACGUUUAAGACAGCUUCGAGAAGAUUUCGAUCACGGGAAAACGUUAGAAGAAACACUAUCGAAAAAUGAAGAUCACGUACAUGAUGUAGCUACUUUAUUAAAAGAAUAUUUUAGGGCACUGCCCGAUGCAUUACUCUGUAACGAUCUAUAUCAAUGUUUCAUACAAACUCAGAAAAUACGUAACAGGCAUUUGCAACUGGAUGCAAUUAAACAUCUGAUACAAUUGUUACCUGUGCCAAAUCGUAAUACACUCCACGCGCUACUUAUGUUUUUAAGUAAUAUGGCAAAAUUUUCAGAAGAUUCAAAAAAUAUAAAUGGUCAUCUAGUAGAAGGUAAUAAAAUGGAUGCGAGUAACUUAGCUACGUUAUUUGCACCAAACAUCCUCCAUAAGCCUAUUAAAGAACUUAGUUCCAAUGAUUUAAGCGAAGAAAUGACGAUGGAAAGAAGAUUAGCAAUUGACGUAGUUACAGCUCUAAUUGUAAAUUACGAAUAUUUAUUUAAGGUACCAGCUGACCUCCUCGAUGAAGUAUAUGUUCAUAUGCUUGAUACAAACCCUGAAGGUCUAGACAAUGUGAUGAGAUUACGAUUUUCGAACGUCGAGAAAACUAUCCAAAAUGGAUCCACACAAGAGUCAAAAGAAACUUUGUCAACUGUUCAAGAUAAAACUGGAGCAAGCGUUUCUCCAGAAUUUGAGUCAUCAAAACAUUCGGACAGUCAGGAAAAAAAAAUUUGGACAAGGGGAGAAUUCACACACCAAAAUUCCGGAAUAGGCGGAUCGGACGACAAUGAAGAUUAUAGAUAUAAGCCUAGAGAAAGAGAAACCAGAAGAAGCCGGAGUAAAGGAGUGACGGCUUUUUUCCCGGACGAUGUUGAAGCGUUUACUUACCCAGUAUUUGAACGCAUGCAAAUGAGUAAAAAGCCUGAAAAAAUGUCAAGUAAUCAAAUACACGCAAAUGGAAACCAAGUAAAUGAUUAUGACGGCGUUAUAACUGCCAGUUUAAUGAUACCCGUGCCUAUUAAACAACUACCUAAUUCGUCAUACCCAUUGAAUGUAGAGGACACCGAUAUACCGUUUAUUGAAGACGAGAGCAGACAAAGUAAUAGUUCUACGACAAAUUAUCAUCGCGUAUUAACUACGGUAUCUUCAGACAGCAGUUCCAUAUCCAGCCCGCCGACUUCACCCGAUAAUGUCUGUGGAACAACAAAUUAUACUCCAGAUUAUUACAACAGAAAGACUGCAAAAUCUGAGCAAAGAAGCAUGCAGUCCAUUAAAGACUUGUCGAAGGACGUGGACUCGGAUCACUAUAAAGCAGAAAAAAAAGGAAAAGAAAAGGACAUAAAAUUUUAUCAGAAAAUAUUAUCCAGCACAGGUCUGGACAGGCUGUCGAAAAGCGCUAGUUCUACGGGUGUAACUAAGGGUUCUGUGUACAAAGAAAAGUUAAAACACGGACCCGACGACACGUCAUUGUCUCCAGAACCCGUGAAAGUGUGCUCCAGCAUAACCAACAUAGGCGGCGCGGUCCUGCGGUCCAAGACGGCCGACAUCGAACACAUAUUGCGGAAACAGGCGGCUCUGAAGCCCAGGAAGGUCAGCCAGUCGUCGGAACCGUCGUCGGCGGGCCACGAGAAACCCAAACGGAAGACUUCGGCCGAAGCCACCAGACAUCCGCUGAGGAUGGAACCGGAUCCGAACGUGGGCGAGAGGCUGGCCGGAUGUUCGUCGUACCGGUCCCCGUCGCCCACGAGGAACGUCUGGAGACGGAAGGACGUCAUAUCCAGCAUGCCCAAGCACAAAAAACCGUACAACUGAAUACACGCCGCGGUCAGACAUAUUGUGUAGAUAUGUACUAUGAUAAUAAUAUCAUAUUGUUUCAUUAUUUUAUACCAUCAUAAUAUGUCAUUGAUUAUGGUCCACGACCGACGGCGUCAUAUUAUUAUUAUUAUUAUCGUAUUAUUACAAAAAUAUAGGUCAUAUGAUUAUGUAAAUAAUAUACACUAUUAUAUUAUUAUUAUUAUUAUUAUUAUUAUUAUUAUUAUUAUUUUACUGUCACGCACGAUAUGCUUUUCUGUUUAUUCGUUUUAGUCGGUGCAAAAUGAAAAUAAAUCAUACAUGUAUAUAAAACAAACAAACUG